AUGUCGCUGGUGCAGCACGUCUCCGUCAUAGAUGGUGUGGAUCGUGAACCUGAGCCAGACGUAGCAGAAGACUUCGUCCCCAUCCGGAGAAAAAUCAGCUACGAUGUCCUGCAGCCACCAACUGAGGGAAUCCCGGUCGCAGAGCUGCGUCCUGGAAUCCCUGCGUAUGAGCAUUCCCCUCUGAGGCGAAUAGUGCAGGUUGUGGUGACCGUCCUUGCGUGCUGGCUCGCGUCGGGUAUCGUGUUUGGGUUCGCGGCUCUGAAACCAGUCCUUGUUGAGGAGGGUGUUUAUCAUGAGCGCUGUACAGCAGCUGAACUAGAAGAAGGUCUUGAAUUGUGUUCUCAGCAAGAUCUGAGACUCAAUCUCUUUUUCACUAUUGCUUCCAUCACCGCCAAUGUAUCUGCCUUGCCAGUUGGAACAAUCCUGGAUCGCUGCGGCUCGCGAGUAUGUUGGCUCAUUGGAUCCAUAUUGCUCGCCAUCGGCGGGGUGGUCAUGGGCUUCGCAUUCCACAUCCCCAGCUUCGACGGGUACAUCCCGGGAAACUUCUUCCUCGCAUUAGCUGGAACAUUUAUCUUCGUUCCAUCCUUCCAAAUUGCAAAUGCGUUCCCUAAAUAUGCGGGCACGAUCGUCGCGUUGGUCACGGGUGCAUUUGACGCGUCGGCCGCCGUCUUCCUGUUCUACCGACUCAUCUACGAGGCCACAGCAAGAACAUUCACACCCGACAAAUUCUUCCUAGGCUAUCUCGUCGUGCCAUUAUGCAUUCUAAUUACAGUUAUGACAAUAAUGCCGGCGAAGGAUUAUGUCUCAACACUGCAAUUAGAAAACAGAAUCGAAAGGGCGGAAGAUGCCACACGCGACGUACACGACUCAGACGAUGAGAUCGAGAGCACAGCCGAGCUAAACAAAGUGCGCAGGAAACGUGCCGAACAGCGGAAGAAGAAAAUCCGCCAGAUUAACGCCGUAUUGGGGGAUAAAGACGAGCGCCAGCUGCGCGCCGACCGAGAAGAGGAUCGUCAACAGACCUCCUGGGUCUGGGGUGUGUUGCACGGUCUUCCGGCGCACAAGCAGAUGGCGACGCCGUGGUUCAUUCUAAUUACAUUGAUGACAGUCCUGCAGAUGAUCCGCAUGAACUAUUUCAUUGCGACUAUCCGCUCGCAGUAUGAGUUUAUGCUCGGGUCAGUUGAUGAAGCUGAUAGAAUUGGGAAUUUGUUUGAUAUUGCAUUGCCGGUUGGUGGCGUUCUUUUCACGCCUGCUAUUGGCUUCUUGCUUGAUCGUCUUAGCGUGCCAGCGAUGCUAGGUCUUAUUGUUCUUUUCACUACUGUUAUUGGAGUUUUGAAUUCCAUUCCGGCUGUUUGGGCUGGAUACAUGACAGUUAUACUGUUUGUUUUACUACGACCUCUUUACUACUCUGCUAUGUCCGAUUACACAACUAAAGUCUUCGGCUUCGCCACAUUCGGUCGCGUCUACGGAGCCAUCAUCUGUCUAUCUGGACUAGCAAAUUUCUCCCAAUACGGCCUAGACGCAUUGACACACCGCACCUUCAAUGGAAACCCAAUCCCAAUAAAUGCCACCUUGGCAAUUGCGGGAUUUAUCGUGGGCAUGGCACUCGUGAUAUUUGUUUUCGUGGCUGUCCGCCAACGAAAAGUACAAGACGCAGUAGAUGACGAGGAACGGGAGAGAUUGCUCCAGUUCUUGGAAGAGGAGGAAGAAUACGAGAGUGAUGAGGAGUAUCGUUGA